AUCUCCAUCUCCAUCUCCAUCUCCAUCUCCAUCUCCAUCUCCAUCUCAAUCAACAGUCCAGUUGAUCCGUCAACCACGUCGAUAUCUGACAUCAAUCCACCACCGUGAAACAAAAACACCUCAUCCACUCAUCUCCCCUUUCUCAUUGUGCCCUACCAGACCUCCUCGUCGACCCAACGCCGUCAAUCAACGCCUUGUCCUUGCUCAGCCCCGAGUCACUCUAUCAUAUGAACAUCACCGCGACAUCACCGUUGGCUUCAGCCUCAACUGGCGGACCUCCUACUGUUGCUCCUCCCCUCCUCCAAACAUAGUCACGUCGAGCCGGUUGCGCCUGCUGUCUGGCAUGACCUCAGCGGUCCGCCGUCCAUCCAUGGUGGAAACGCAGAGCGAAUUCGACUUCCACCAACUCCUCGUCCCCACCCCUACCAACGAUGUCCCCCCUCGACACUCCCCUUCUGCCUCCUCGGGGCCCAGCAGCGAUGCCGGAUCUUUUGUCAUCCCGGACAGCUUGUCUCGGAGCAAUUCAGUCUACUCCUUCUCGAGGGCUUCCUUCAGCAGUCAACUCGCCAGCCUCACGUCCAUGAGUUUACCUCAGGCCGAGUCUCUCGCCGCCACCGUUGUCUCUCUUCCCACCGCUCGAAAGGCCACCAAGGCUCUCUUCAACGCCGCUGAGCAGAUCCAAACCUGGAACAGAAAAGCUCUCAAAGUUCUCGGGAAUCUUGACGCUGACGAGGAUGUUGAAUGGGCUGCGGCUGCCGGAAGACUGGGUCUUGACGAGACGGAGAAGACAAUCAACAAGUUUGAGAAUCUCAUUAACGUCUAUGUUAUCUCCAUUGAGGAAUUACAGUCACGCCCCGACAUCGCCGACGCCAAGGCAGAAGAGUUACAGGCCGUGGUCGAGCAGAUGGAAAUCACCUUGAUAGGCUGGGAGAAUGUCAGGAAAGAUUUGAGGAAGAUCCAUCAACAAGUCGAGUUGGCUAUGGAAUGGGAGGAACUAUGGGCCAAGGUCUUGGGUGAUGUCGGCGCUGAGAUGGACAGUCUCAGCCAGUUGGUCUUUGAGAUGGAGGAAAAGCGCCACGCGGCCUACCAGACACAGACACAGAGCGGACCUAGUCAAGCCAUCGACUUGAACGAGUUGGAGAGCUUCAUCGACGAGCCAUCCCAAAAGCGCACCACUCCCAAUUCCCGCUUCAGCCUGCCCCCCUUCGAGUCCUCCCCCUUGGGAUCCCCCAUCAUUGAAAAUCCCGCCGACGAUUCAAAUCUGCUGGCCCUCUUUGCGCGCAUGCAGCCACUUCGAGCCUCUCUCGACUUUUUGCCUAUGAGGUUGUCCAUGUUUCAAGCCCGGGCCGAAAAGGUCUUUCCCGUCGCGUGCAAGGAAUUGGAUGAGAAGAGAGCGCGCCUGGAGACCAAUUGGACUGACCUUUCCAAGGAGGCCGAAAAUUUGAGACGUGAGCUGAGCGAGGACCGCUGGGUGAUCGUCUUCCGCAACGCAGGUCGGCAGGCCCAGAAGAUGUGCGAGUCGGUCGAACGAAGUAUUGUCAAGGUGCAGGAGGCAAUCAAUGAGGGGUAUCAAUCGAUCAACCCUGCCGCGCUUGCCAAGCGAAUCGAGAGCUUUGAAGCAAAGAAGAUGCACUAUGGUCCCGCCAUCAGCAGGGUUUUAGCCAUCAUCCACAAGGGUCUCAAAGAUCGGCUGACGGUCAAUGGAGAAAUUCUGCGCUUGCACAAAGACCUGUCAUCAAGGAUGCGCGAUCUCACCGACACGAUGGAAGAUCUAGAAACCUUAUUGGAACCCUACUCGACUCGGCAAAAUUCGAAAUUGCGCGAGUCGAUAUCCAGCAUCGUUUCAGCAGACCGUUCCUUUACGAGCACUUUUGCCAGCACCCCGGGGAGUUCUCCCCCGUCGUCAGUUGACCUGCCGCCACAGCGAUCCGAGUCUCAUACUCCCAAAUAUGGCCUCAAUGGGUACACGAAGCCGAGAGCGCCAUCGACAAGCCGCCCGGCGCCAGCCAACUCAUCCAAUAGACGAAGCUCCGUGCUGUCACAUCAACGACGACCAACGACGCCAAUGACAGGGUCGAGCAGUAGUGUGAUGCGCCGGACGGCAUCACCCCUCCCUGGCCCACCUUCAGUAUAUCGUCAAGGUUCCUAUACACCUCCCGUAGCGUCAGUCACAAGGCCAGGGCCAACGCCACUAGCCAACAAGCCUCGGUGGUCGGCCGUGGUCAAAACUGACAGCAGUGGGUUGGCCCCAACGUAUCGUUCAUCGUCGACGGCGACUCCGUCGACAGCGAAAAGAUACACACCCAGGUCCAUUUCGUCGAGUACGGCAUUGCCUCUUCGGAGCCCCCUCAGUCGGGAGGCGUCCGCCUCCCCCACGUCGGUGGUGUCAUCAUUAUCAAAACGUGACAGCCAGCAGUUCAAAUCAUUUGCUGAAAGAGUCGCGGAUCCUGCUCCGGUCAGAGGAUCUGGAUUACUGGAUCCCGUGCCGUACCACCGCGGCCGCAACAGCAGUGCGCCCAUGGGGACCAUCAGAUCGCCAUCGUCGCUUGCGGUCCACAGCCAGCAAAAGCCGACCAUGAGUGGCAUGACCAGGCCACCGUCAUCACUCAGCCGGAGUUACGGCCCCUCUCAGACUCUGCCGUUGCGCAGCACAACUCACAAUUCCAGGGUGGAUUUGAGGGGCGAUGGUCGUCACGUGCCGAGUUCUCUUCAUUCGGAUGAGAUGGAUCCACCUAGUGAGACGGAAGAAGAUGCUAUCACGGAUCCGAACUCGAGUCCGCUGUCGAAAAGGACUAUUACACGACCGAGCAGUGUGAUGGCGAUGAACGGCAAGAACAAGAGAAUGUCGUUGUUACCGGUGCCCAAAGGGAGCGGCCGGCAAAGCUCUUUGGGAACGAGAAUCUGACGGGGCUCACAUGGGGCUUUAGGGUUGAUGGCGUGAAGCGCCGAUACUGCGGCUGCAGAGCCCCGCGAGGAGCAUGGAGGAGUGCAUUGAGGAAUUGCGUGAAUGCUUGCCAUAUUGGAAGUAGAAGCAGGUGUGCCAGGGUGUGUUGUAGGUUUUCGGUGUGCACAGGAAAGGGCAUUCUUCAGCGACAGUCGAGUUCAAGCAAGCGAGUUUGAUUGAUAUUCAUUUUUCCUUCUUGGGGCCAUGUCAUAUAUUUCUCAUGUUUACGACGAAGUGGUGCGCAGGUGGCUAGGUUCGGCGAUGACCUCUUUGUUCAUGUCCAACGUCAAAUGUGCAAAAACCAGGCUGAGGUUGCCAUAGCGCGGAGAGAACCGCCCAUUGGAUCCAAGAGCUGAUCCAUCCAUUUGUCAUGUAAUGCGUAGGGUUGAUGCGGACGAGGAUGUUCUUACAAACAACCCAUGUCCAGUGGCAAAAAUAGACACGCAAACGAGUUCGUGGUUGCAGACCA